GCUCUACGUGUGUUCUGUGAUAUGAAUUUUAAGGUUAUAAAAUCUGUCAUUUUAACUUUUGUUUGGAAUUUGAAAAUAUCAUUAUUUAUUUUAAGCCAUAUUUCCGGAAUGGCAGAAGCUACGCCGCAAGAAAGUAAAAAGCCAAUAUGUUUGAUUGUGCUGGGCAUGGCGGGCAGUGGAAAAACAUCUCUAGUAACAAGACUUUCAACUACUGAACCAAAACCUUACAUUUUAAAUUUGGAUCCAGCCUGUAUAAACCUACCUUACUUUGCUAAUAUCGAUGUGAGGGAUACUGUCAACUAUAAACAAGUAAUGAAACAGUAUAAGCUAGGACCAAAUGGAGCAAUUGUAACAUCUCUGAAUUUAUUCUCCACUAAAUUCCCUGAAGUAAUUAGUUUCAUUGAAAAAGCUACAAAUAAACAUUGCAUUUUGGACACACCUGGACAAAUAGAAGUGUUCAUGUGGUCUGUCUCAGGUAAGUGCAAAUUAUUUACCACUCCAUGGAUUCUAAAAUGUUUUUCACUUUAGGUUCUAUUAUAACAGAGACACUUGCAUCAUCAUUUCCUACAGUUAUACUUUAUGUAGUUGAUUGUGUAAGAAGUACAUCUCCUGUAACUUUUAUGUCAAACAUGCUUUAUGCAUGUUCUAUCUUAUACAAAACUCGACUACCAUUUGUGGUAGUGAUGAACAAAACUGACAUUGUCGACUGCUCAUAUGCAAAGGAUUGGAUGACUGACUUUGAGGCAUUCCAAGAGGCUCUUGAAGCAGAUGAAAGUUAUAUCAGUAGUUUGACCAGAUCAAUGGCUCUAGCUCUGGAUGAAUUUUAUAGAAAUUUGAAGGUUUGUGGUGUCAGUGCAGCUACAGGUCAAGGAAUCGAAGAGCUACACAAGUUGAUUGAUGAGGCAGCUGAUGAAUAUGAAAGAGACUACAGGGCAGAGUGGGAAAAAAUAAGAGUCCAGGCAGCUGAAGCUAAGAAGUUUGAAGGAAAAGACAGCACAGAUUCUAAUUUGGUGUCAGAAGUUGCUAGAGGCAGGGAACUGUCUGAUAUUUAUUUACGCCAUCCCGGCAAUGAGGACAGUUCAGACUCUGAAGGUGAAGAGAUGCCUUUUGGAGGUGGCGAUGAUGAGAAGGAAGCUGAAAACUUCAGGAGGGUACUUGAACAACAAAGAGAAAUGCAGAUUAAAAGAGCUAAAGAGGCUGAAGAGAAGAAGAAGUCUAAUGCUCCAACUUAACACAUCCAUUAAAAAAGCUUUUCAAACAUUCUGCAGGGCCUCAGUGUACAGUAUACUUAGCAUGCAUCAAAUUUAGAUGUAAGAUAUAUAGCAUGUAAGAAUUUUUGAUAAAAUAUAAAAAAUUAAUUUCAA